UGUUAUUGUAAUAUGUACAGCUGUCGAUCUCUUACGAUGCGGCGAAAACGAAAUUCAGUGCGACAAUGGAAAGUGCGUGCGUAAAGACUUCCGGUGCGACGGUGACAACGAUUGUGGUGACUGGACCGACGAGGACUCUUGCCCUCUUCUGCCUGGAAAUUGCAAAACCACCGAGUAUAAGUGCAACGACGGAAGAUGCAUUCCUAAGAGUUGGCGAUGCAACAUGGACAGAGACUGCACGGACGGUGACGACGAGCUCAACUGCGAAGCACUCGGAAUACGGAAUUGCACUGCAGAUGAGUUCACGUGUGAGGACAGGCGUUGCAUAUCGAAAACCUGGUUAUGCGACGGCGUCCGCGACUGCUCCAACGGUGAGGAUGAAACAAAUUGUGAAGUAAACUGCGAAGAAGACCAAUACAUGUGCAAAUUACAAACAAAAUCAGCAUUCCGUAACUGUGUGAACAGAAAACACGUCUGCGAUGGCAUGAAGGACUGUCCUCAGGGUGACGACGAAGAGAAAUGUCCAAAGAAGCGAAAAUGUUCCGGAAGAGAUAAAUGUGAGAGGGAGUGUAUCACCACACACGAUGGAAAACCGGCGUGUUCUUGCCCGAUAGGUUAUCUCCUGAAUGACGACGGUUACAGUUGCCGAGACAUCGACGAAUGUAUGUACGAGCAGGACCCAGUUUGCUCCCAGACGUGUUCCAAUACUCAAGGCAGCUUCCGAUGUGGAUGUAUGACAGGCUACGUACUGCGACCGGACGAACGUUCUUGUAAAGCAACCGGAGAAUCACCUACAUUGCUAUUUUCAAACAGUAUCGGUGUCCGUAAGGUGUGGUUAUCCGGAGACAAUUACGUGACAGUUCUAAAAGGACUGCACAAUGCAGUUGCUUUGGACUACCAUUAUAAAAAGAAAUUACUCUUUUGGACUGAAAACAACAUGAAGGUCAUUCGAGUGGCGCCCUUAGAGAGCAACAAUAUGACAGAUGUGAUACGAUGGGGAUUGGAAACACCAAGCGGGGUGGCGGUAGAUUGGAUUCACGAUCUUCUCUUCUGGACGGAUUCGGGGACGCGAAGAGUUGAAGUGGCAACGUUGAAUGGAUUACAGCGGGCGGUUUUAGCGGCCAGUGAUUUGGACAAACCCAGGGCCGUCGCUGUACAUCCAGGAGACGCUCUCGUAUUCUGGACGGAUUGGGGGCCAAAUCCUAAAAUCGAGCGGGCUGAUAUGGACGGCAGUAGACGUAAGAGCGUCAUCGUGGACGAAAUCUUUUGGCCCAACGGUCUCACUAUUGACUACACGGAGUCCAAGAUAUAUUGGGCAGAUGCAAAACACCACGCUAUCGAAAAGGCUUCGUUUGAUGGCAGAGAUAGGAAACGGAUAACAAGCAAAGGUGUACCUCAUCCCUUCGCACUUACGGUAUUCGAAGACGCCAUCUACUGGACAGACUGGCACACCAAGAGCAUAUCGACUAUCAAUAAGAAAACCGGCAUGGGCAUGCAGACAAUACACGCGAGCUUACAAGUGCCCAUGGACAUACAGAGUUUCCACCCUUUACGACAGUCGACCACCUACAAGAACCGUUGCGGCUCAAACAACGGCGGCUGUUCACAUCUUUGUCUCCCAAACAGUAACGGCUGCACUUGUCGAUGCCCGAUCGGCUUUAAUCUUAAAUCUAACGGUCGCACGUGUGAAGAUACGCCUGAAAAAUUGUUAUUGUUUGCAAGAAGAAAAGAUAUAAGACUGAAACUUCUCAAUCCACGUAAGCAGGUGGACUCUUUGGACAUGGUAAUCCCGGUGGAUUCGAUCAAAUCGGCGGUCGCUCUCGACUGGGACCACGCCCGGAAGAGAAUAUUCUGGACGGACGUGGAAAAAGACACCAUAAAUAGAGCUUACCUUAAUGGAUCGAAUCAGACUGUAGUCGUGAGCACAAAUUUAAUAUCACCGGCCGGAUUAGCCUACGAUUGGAUAACAGACAAGUUGUACUGGACAGAUGCAGGCACUAAUAGGAUAGAGGUUUCCAACUCAAACGGUACCAUGAGAAAUCUCCUGGCUUGGGAAAACAUUGACAAGCCACGAGACAUCGUGGUCGACCCUAAAGGUGGCGUAAUGUACUGGUCAGAUUGGGGUCUAAACCCGUGCAUAGAGAAGGCAGACAUGGAUGGUGGUAAUCGAAGGCGCUUGAUAUUCGGGGAUAUGACGUGGCCCAACGGCCUGGCUCUGGACUUGGCGAACAAUCGAAUUUACUGGACUGACGGCAACCGCACCAUUGAAUAUGCAAACCUUGAUGGCACCGGCCGUGCUGUAUUAAUUGGUCAACACCUCCCACACCCCUUUGGACUCGACCUCUACGGUGACGAAGUAUUCUGGACGGACUGGGAUACGAACUCUAUACAAGCUGCGAAUAAGUUCACCGGAAAGAACCGCAGAACGCUGGGUGCAGGCGUCGAAGGACUGAUGGACGUUAGGGUGUUCCAUAAGGACAGGAAGGGUGGGAGUAACCGUUGUAGCAGAAAUAAUGGUGGAUGUUCACAUCUCUGCCUUUUGAAACCCAACGGAAGAACGUGUGCGUGUCCUACGGGAGUUAAACUUAUGGAGGACGGUAAAAGAUGCGCGGACGGCCCAGUGAAUUUCCUGAUAUUCGCUCAUCGCCUCGACAUUCGUUUCGUCUCCUUCGAUGUCCCGUACCUGGUCGAUGUCGUGUUCCCAUUCCGAGGACUCAAAAAUGUUCUUGGAGUCGAUGUCGAUCACCAGACUGGUCUUAUUUACUGGACGGAUACGGCGGAGCGGGUUAUUCGUCGUGGGGAUAGAUUUGGCUCCCAGAUCAAGACUAUCAUCACCCGAGGACUGCAGACAGCUGACAGCCUAGCCGUCGACUCUACUGGUAGGAAGAUCUAUUGGACUGACGGAGGUCGAAACAGCAUUGAAGUAGCGGAACUAGAUGGCUCUAAUCGGAAAGUGCUCGUGUGGACAGGAUUAGAUUCUCCUCGCGGCAUCGCUUUACAUUACGAACGAGGCUACAUGUUCUGGUCUGACUGGGGAACAGAGGCUAAGAUUGAAAGAGCUGACAUGGACGGAACUCAUAGGCGUGUAAUUGUAUCCCAAAGUGUGGAAUGGCCCAAUGGUCUAGCCGUAGAUCGCUUAGAAAACCGAAUCUACUGGAACGACGCUAAAGCAAACACUAUCGAGAGCGCGGACUUCAAUGGAUGGGCCCGAAAGACUAUUCUUAGUAAUGUGCCAUAUCCGUACGGCAUCGUUAUUGUGGGACAGUACAUCUAUUGGACUGACUGGAAAACUAAGGCUCUGCAUAGAGCCGAUAAGAACAACGUGCAGGACCAGAUCAUUAUACGCGAGAAUCUCGAGGGACUGAUGGAUAUUAGAGCGAUUCAAAGUGACUACAAGCUAGAAAAUGUCUGUGGCACAAACAAUGGCGGAUGUUCACAUCUCUGUCUACGAAACUCUCGAGGGUUCUCCUGCGCAUGUCCCACUGGAUUGCUCUUUGAGAACGACACGACACCGGAGCCCAAGAUGUGCAAGAAGCACCCGGAGAACUUCCUCACGUUCGCCACCCGUACCAGCAUGACGAUAAUUUCCCUCGACACGCCCGAGUUGAAAGAUAUCAAUAUUCCCGUACAACAGAUGGAGAGCUCUAUAGCGAUCGACUUUCAUUGGGAUAAGAAACUUAUAUUCUACACUGAUGUUAAGCUUCAUGAGAUCCGGACAUUGAAUAUGGAAAACAUGACAGAAAACAAAAUGAUAGUGAACACGACCCUGGAGACACCGAACGGUCUCGCCGUGGACUGGAUCGCUGACAAUUUGUACUGGACCGACAAUAAAUAUAAGGUGGUGGAGGUGGCUAAGCUGGACGGAAGUUGUAGAAAAGUCUUAAUAUCAGGCCUCGAUGAACCGCGAUCUGUUGCUGUGUUUCCAGCGAAAGGUUACUUAUACUGGAGCGAUUGGGGAGAGAAUCCUAGCAUAGAAAGAGCGGCGUUGGACGGAACCACGAGGAAAAUUAUCGUCGACCAUGAUCUAGGUUUUCCGAAUGGACUAACCAUUGACUACGUAGAACGCAGAUUAUACUGGACUGACGCCUUGAAGAAUAGGAUCGAUACUUCUGACCUGAACGGCCUUCAUCGCGUUCAACUUGUGCCAGAUGCAAAGAACCCUUUCGGAAUGACCCAGUUUGGCGAAUUCAUCUAUUGGACGGAUUGGAACAAAAAGGCCGUGAUGCGCGCAGAAAAGAACACAGGAAAGAACGUGACAGCAGUUAGCUCAAAUUUUGAAAUGGCCAUGGAGAUAAAGGCAGUGUCACACCAGCGACAGCACGGCUGGAACCCGUGCAUGGAGGACAAUGGCGGGUGCACACACUUCUGCUUCUUCAAAGGGCACGACUACGUGUGUGCUUGUCCCGACCACUCCGACGUCGUUUGUUCUACAACACCGAAACAGAAGGUGGAACUCCGUAUGCCCUCCCACUACCCACCUAACUACGAUUACAUGGACUACGAACAUAUCGAGUUGGCUACUCCCGCUCCAGAAUCACAAUCUCACACCGGAGCCAUCUUCAUCGGGGCCUCUGUUGUGGUCAUCAUCAUCAUCGGAGCUAUGGCUAUUGGCUUUGUUUGUCUCCGAGUGCUCAAGGACCGUGACGGCGAAUUGAAAGAAACCCACCGAGACCCGAGCUGCCCUAUCACUUUUCACAAUCCGAAUUAUGAACAAACGAAUUCAGAAGGAAAAAAGAGUUACCGCCUCCAGGAAAUCUACAAAUACGAUAAACAGGAGAAUCGCGUAACAAACGUGUACAUCCAGGAAGGGACUAGCCUCUUGGCGGCGCCUUCUUCCCAGGAAGACUUGCCAGUCAGGCCGCCCACACACAACGACUUUGAACCCGUCACCUUACACACGUUUGCGUAA